AUGUGUAUGCGCGUCGCCGCCGGACGGUGCCACGCAGUCUUGCUGACGAACCACGGCGCUGCUGUGGCCUGCGGCAGCUAUGAGGAUGGACAGUGCAACCUUCCUGUGCUAGUCCUCGGCCAGACCUACACGCAGGUAGCUGCAGGAGAGCGCCACACAGUCCUGCUUACGAACGACGGCGUUGCCGUGGCUUGCGGCAGCAAUUUUGAUGACCAGUGCGAUCUUCCUGCGCUGAUCAGAGGCCGUAUCUACACGCAGAUCGCGCCAGGACGGUUGCACACCGUACUCCUCAAGAGCGACGGCACGGCCGUGGCUUCCGGCGAGAGUGGUUCCAGACAGUGCGAGAUUCCACAGUUAGUUUCAGACCAGACCUACACACACGUCACCUCUGGGCAAUUCCACAUAGCCUUGUUUAAGUGCGACAGCACAGUCGUGGCCUGCGGCAGUAAUGAUGACGACCAGUUCGACAUCCCAGCGCUCGUCGCAGGCUAG